AUGCUCUAUGCACAUGUGGAACCGGCCGCACCAGCUGCACGUGAUGCGUUUUAUGCAUGCGUGGAGUCAGCAGCAGCAGCGCCAGCUGCACGGGAUGCGUUCUAUGCAUGCGUGGAGCCAGCAGCAGCAGCAGCAGCUGUGCAUUGCACGGGAUGCGUUCUAUGCAUGCGUGGAGCCAGCAGCAGCAGCAGCAGCUGUGCAUUGCACGGGAUGCGUUCUAUGCAUGCGUGGAGCCAGCAGCAGCAGCAGCAGCUGUGCAUUGUAAUUGGGCUCAAUCCCAUCCCCGCUCCGCACUCUUUCCCCCCCCCCCCAACACUUCCCCUUCCCGCCAUCUCCGUUCUGCAGGCACGGGAUGCGUUCUAUGCAUGCGUGGAGCCAGCAGCAGCAGCAGCAGCUGUGCAUUGUAAUUGGGCUCAAUCCCAUCCCCGCUCCGCACUCUUUCCCCCCCCCCCCCAACACUUCCCCUUCCCGCCAUCUCCGUUCUGCAGGCACGGGAUGCGUUCUAUGCAUGCGUGGAGCCAGCAGCAGCAGCAGCAGCUGUGCAUUGUAAUUGGGCUCAAUCCCAUCCCCGCUCCGCACUCUUUCCCCCCCCCCCCCCAACACUUCCCCUUCCCGCCAUCUCCGUUCUGCAGGCACGGGAUGCGUUCUAUGCAUGCGUGGAGCCAGCAGCAGCAGCAGCAGCAGCUGUGCAUUGUAAUUGGGCUCAAUCCCAUCCCCGCUCCGCACUCUUUCCCCCCCCCCCCCCAACACUUCCCCUUCCCGCCAUCUCCGUUCUGCAGGCACGGGAUGCGUUCUAUGCAUGCGUGGAGCCAGCAGCAGCAGCAGCAGCUGUGCAUUGUAAUUGGGCUCAAUCCCAUCCCCGCUCCGCACUCUUUCCCCCCCCCCCCCCCAACACUUCCCCUUCCCGCCAUCUCCGUUCUGCAGGCACGGGAUGCGUUCUAUGCAUGCGUGGAGCCAGCAGCAGCAGCAGCAGCUGUGCAUUGUAAUUGGGCUCAAUCCCAUCCCCGCUCCGCACUCUUUCCCCCCCCCCCCCCAACACUUCCCCUUCCCGCCAUCUCCGUUCUGCAGGCACGGGAUGCGUUCUAUGCAUGCGUGGAGCCAGCAGCAGCAGCAGCAGCUGUGCAUUGUAAUUGGGCUCAAUCCCAUCCCCGCUCCGCACUCUUUCCCCCCCCCCCCCCAACACUUCCCCUUCCCGCCAUCUCCGUUCUGCAGGCACGGGAUGCGUUCUAUGCAUGCGUGGAGCCAGCAGCAGCAGCAGCAGCUGUGCAUUGUAAUUGGGCUCAAUCCCAUCCCCGCUCCGCACUCUUUCCCCCCCCCCCCCCAACACUUCCCCUUCCCGCCAUCUCCGUUCUGCAGGCACGGGAUGCGUUCUAUGCAUGCGUGGAGCCAGCAGCAGCAGCAGCAGCUGUGCAUUGCACGGGAUGCGUUCUAUGCAUGCGUGGAGCCAGCAGCAGCAGCAGCAGCUGUGCAUUGUAA